GGGCUCGUCUCCGCUCACCUGUUCAGACCGACCUCAGACCCAAACGUCACCAUGUCCUUCAGCAGCCAGACCUACAGCCCGGGCAGCGGGGAGAGGCCCAAAAGCAAGGAGAAGAAUGACAUGAUCGGACUCAAUGACAAGUUCGUCGCGCUGAUUAACAAGGUGAAAAACCUGGAGGAUGAGAAGAAGAAGCUAAAUAAGAAGCUGGAGUUGCUCAGAGGGCAGGAGACAUAUGCUGGAAAUGUUGAUGACAUUGUGAGGCAGCUGCACAACGACCUGGAGCAGAAGAUCGACAGCCUGCUGCACGAACAGAAAAAACUGAGGGAUGAGCUCAGCAAGAUCCAGAAGGAGAAGGACACCUCCAAGAAGAGUUAUGAAGAUGAAAGGGAGCAAAAAGUGGACAAAGAAAAUGAGUUUAUCAUCACCAAAAAGAAAGUGGAUGAAGGUCACCUGGACUUGGUGAACGAUGCUCUGGAGCUGGAGAAACUGAGCAGACUGCUGGACUUCCUCAGGCUUGGCUUUGAUGAGGAGAUCAGGGAGCUGGAGUCCAUGAUCAACAACGAGGUGGUGGUCCUGGAUGAGAGCAACAAACGCUCCCUGGAUAUGGGUGAGAUCGUGAAGAGCACCGAGGCUCAGUAUGCCACUCUGGCCUCCCGCGCCCGGGAGGAAGCAGAGCUGUGGAACCAGAAAAAGAUGCACGAUCUGGUUCAGAGUGCUGGACAGCGGGAGCAGGAAGUUCGUGAUAUAAAAAGGGAGAUCUCAGAUCUGCUGCGAAUCAUCCAGAGACUCAAGGCAGAGCUGGAUGGUCUGAAGAGAAGGGAAGAGGCACUGAAAAACGACAUUGAUGCUGCCAGAAAAGACGGCGAAGACGACUUAGACAAGGCCCGAGGGGACAUCCGACUGGUGGAGGACGCCCUGAAUAAAUGCAAGCAGGAUUUGGCCAGGCAGGUCAAGGAACAUCAAGAGCUGCUGAACCUCAAACUGGCCCUGGACAUCGAGAUCGCCACCUACCGUAGACUGCUGGAGGGCGAGGAGCAGAGAAUCAACCAAAUCAUGCGCAACUCAGAUGACUAAAAACAAACCAACCAAUCCAAGUCUGUAAUUGCACGCAGACGUUCACCUGCUAGAGAGAAAACACAUCCCAAAGAAGCCCCGAGUUGCAGAAGACACCAUUGUCCCAAUGACCACGCUCACCCU